AUGCGUCCAGUACCUGCGUCCGCGGGCUCUGCCGUGCGCAGCUGGACCCGACACACUCUUCCUACCUCCGCAACCUCGUCCAGCCGUGUGGCCGCCACAGCUUCAAUUCCCACCACCACGAGUUCGCAACAGCGACGGCUGCAGUCCGACCAAAUCGCGAGCAAGGGCUCGAGCUACCAAAGCCCAUUCACCACCACCAAGGCGAAGAAAUAUGACACCACCAAGAUCCCGAGCUUCAAGCACUACCAGGCCCGCACCCCAGCGGUCACCAACCGAGUGUUUCAAUACUUCAUGGUCGGCACUAUGGGUUUGCUGUCCGCUGCUGGCGCGAAGGCCACUGUUCAGGAUUUCCUCGUCAACAUGUCUGCGUCUGCCGAUGUGUUAGCUCAAGCCAAGGUCGAAGUCGAUCUCGCCGCCAUCCCGGAAGGCAAGAACGUCAUCAUUAAAUGGCGAGGCAAGCCUGUCUUCAUCCGUCACCGAACGGAAGACGAGAUCAAGGAGGCCGAAUCUGUCGAUCUCUCCGUCCUUCGUGACCCCCAACCCGACUCCGACCGUGUCAAGAAGCCCGAAUGGCUAGUGAUGCUGGGUGUGUGCACACACUUGGGAUGCGUCCCCAUCGGCGAGGCCGGCGACUACGGCGGCUGGUUCUGCCCCUGCCACGGUUCGCACUACGACAUUUCCGGCCGUGUGCGGAGAGGUCCCGCCCCGUUGAACCUGGAAGUUCCGGCCUACGAUUUCCCCGAAGAGGACAAGUUGAUCAUUGGUUAA